AUGCCGCAUUAUGGCCACUCCUCCUCCCAGCCCAAUCCCGCCCCGUCUUCUGAUUUCGACGAGCUUCUCUACAGUCAGCCGGGCUCGUCUAUUGGCCCCCACCAGGAAGCCUCUCAAUCAUCACGUCGCCCACAAUGUCCCGAAUGCGGCACGCGCAAGAUGCGCCUUCGCGCAGGCCAGCUCAUCUGCAAGCGAGGUCACGUCCAACAGCACUUUCGCAUCGAGCAAGCCGAGGACGAUGAAUUCUUGGGCGAUGGUAUUGCGAGGAAACGGCGCACCGUCGCCGUCAACAAGGUGCGUCGCCUGAAAAGUCAACACACGCCCUACUACUCGCAGCCCGACACAGAUAUCGAGCCUGAAGACAGUGAAGAAGAUCAGAUCGAAGACGAUACCCGACGCGCACACAAGCGAGCGCGAAAGCAGAGCUCGAGAUCAAGGUACUCGCCGCAUUCGGAUGAAGUCGACGAGCUCGUGACCGACAGUCAAGACGGAGACGGAAACAGCGAUCCUCCGCGCUCGAUACGUGCGGAUAGCUUCUUCGAGAGGAUGCCUCGACCGUCACGCAGCUAUGCCGCCUCAUCCGCUGCAGAGGAGAGUGGUAUGGAUUCCGAACCCGACUCGUAUACUAGCGCUUCACGACGCAGCAUUCGUAGGAUCUGGCGGUCGGGUGUCGGCUUGCAUGGUGCAUACGAGGGCCGUUUCGUCCUCCUCCAGUGUCUGCAGCUCAUCCUGCGCCUUCAACUCCAAAAACUUCGAGAGAUCUGGCAAGACAAGAUGCCCACAGAGACAGAAGCAGUAGCUCGCGACCUCUGGACCAUGUUUGUCUCUCUCCUUCCUGUAGGCCAUUAUCCACCCGAGCCUCUCAUCGCCGCCACAUUCGACUGGCAUACACGCUACUCGAUGUCGCAGGAACGCGCCGCCGAGCUCUUUCCGAACCAUGCCACUUACGAUCCCGAGACCGACAUCCGCCAUCACAGGCGUAGAACUCUUUUCAACGGAUAUCGUCAUCAUCUCGAGCGCAAGCGAACCACCGCAGGCACAGGCCCUCCAUCAACUGGACGGCAACAACCUAGCGAUGAGGGGGAGAGCAACUCGGAUAACCCCGUGGCCGCCAAAGACUGCAUUGACUGGAUCGUCGGCCAAGAUGAAGAGCAUCAGCGGUCUCGCUCGCAACAAUCUAGCGAGCCUGAAACGAUUGCGGAUCCAGAGGACGAACUCGCCGAGCUCGAUCCUGUGUUUGCAGAAGAACUCAGGCAGCAGCGACGCUCGCAAGCAGCAUCCAAGCACGGUUCCAGCAACGAGGAUGAAGAUGAUCGCUCCGAGCUUGAGCUUCCAGCUGGACAGCAAUCUCAUCGCAAGCGUCGGCGUCACCUCCCUUUCUGGGCGACUAAGCCUUCUGUCGCCAAAGAUCAGGCGGAGAUCCUUCACCUCGUCAUGGUGCCCACCACCAUCUCAAUCAUCUACCUCGCGCUGCACCUCCUCAAGAUUCCCGUGUUUUGGGCCGACCUUGUCAAGCUCAUCUCUUCCUACAAACUGCCCUAUCUCAAUGUCGUUCAUCAGCUACCGCUUCCCUUGACGCAGUCUCUCAAUAAGGACAACGUCUAUCAUCACCACCUGGAUACGGACGUUGUGCCGACUAUCACGAUGCUCCACCUGCACACUCUCGGUGUUGCUGAUCUGCUCCAACGCACGUAUAGCCUCGAUUUCGGGCAAGGAAACGUGUCGGGCCAACUUGCACGGCUUGUCGAGGGAAUGUUGCUUCCGCCGACAUUCUACGUCGCUACGAAGAGGUUGUUGGACAUCAUUGACAAAGGCGUCGAGCCAGAGCUUGUCCCUCCUCCUCCCCUUCUCCGGAAGGAGCCAUCGAAGCCAGGACGGCCUCGACGAGUCUCACAUGGAUUGCGGGCAACGCUACCGGGAGCAGCGCAGAUGCAAAAGGUGCCAAAGGAGUUUGUGCUCAUGGCAGCACUGCUGGUCGUGAUCAAGAUGCGGUAUGGUCUGGAUGGGCGCGAACGUGUGGAAAGCCUGCCUCGAUCCGAAGAAAAGGAGAGGGCGGGCAUAUCUUGUGCGCCACUCCUCGAGCCAUGGCUGAACGCGCUCGACAAGCGUCGACAGAGGUACACGGACUCGCUGGAUUCAGUGGCAGAGAUAGACCCUGCCGAGCUUGAUGUGCUUCACAUGACGUCGGAACAGGUGGAAGCAUACGCCGCUUUCGCGGAGGAGAAGUUGAUUUUAUCGAAUCAGAUCGAUCUGCACGAAUGGCGAAGACUUGAACCGCAGCGUCGGUGGGCUGCGUUUACAGACUUCAUGCCUGCCGCAUACGCCAGUGACAAGCUCGAUCAUGUCACCCACACGUCGCGACACACGAACGGCACUCGAACUAAUCCGCAAGAUGACUGCAAGGACCUCGAGACGGAUCUGCACAGCAUCUAUCGCAAUCACAUCGCUCACCCGGCCACCUCGUCGCGCAAUGUUGCGGAGCCAGGCAGCACAUAUCCGAUGCAUCAAUUCUCCGGCACUACACGAUUCGACGCCGAUCCACACGGAUUAGUCUACUCUUCGCUCUACCCACGCGUUGUACAUCACGCCAACCAUCUAGUCGGCAUCGCUACACCGCAGACACCAAGCAUCGCCAUGGACGCCGUCAUCAACGCCAUGGUUUACCCAGGCGCCGAGUCCUCAGAUGCAACUGUCAAAGUCUGGGAAAACGCGUAUGGGAUCCAGGCGCAUUUGGAGGUAGUAGAAAGGAUGUUGCACGCCGAAGUCAAAGCCAGAACGAUGAAGAUGAGGAAUGCGUUAAUGCGAGUGCAGAGGGAGAAGAUGGGAGAGGCUGAUGGUAGUGCUGGAAACGGGCAGGGGUCGCAAGGUGAGGGUCAACUCGAUUUGGAAGAGGACGAUGAAGAGGACGAGGACGAGGAAGAGGAGGAAGAGGAGGACGAGGAGGACGAUGACGAUGACGAUGACGAUGACGAUGACGAUGACGAUGACGAUGGCGAUGACGACGAACAGGACGGCCAAACGUCGGCUGCAUCUGACACCCUGUCCGAGGAAGAGGAGUCGUCGAGUGAAGACCUCUGA